AUGGGAGCGGUUCGGUGGUUAUCUACAUUAUCAAAAAAAGGCAAACAGUUGAUCUAUAAAUUAGGAGACUUGAACAUUGAAGGCAAAGGUGAAUUUCCAAAUAAAUGGCAUAUACCGCAAGUCAUACCACUUAAAGAAUGGAUUGAUAGAACCCGCAACAUUGAUGAAAACGAAGUCAGUAGGCAUAAGAAUUGGAUUUAUCUUUUAAUUCCGCCGAGUAGUCUCCAUAAUGCACAUAAAUUAUAUACGCAGGAGCUUGAAUUUACACAUGCUGCAGUCGGUUGGGCUCAUGCGCUUGUUGCCUUCAAAGAUAGACAAUCGAAUAGUUCGCAAAUCUUCUCAUGGGGAUUAAAUACAUCAGGCCAACUAGGUUUUGAUGUAACGACAGAAAAUCACGGCCUUGUGCAAAAUCUUCCAUCUAGUUUCUUGGUCAAUUCUCUUCACUGUGGAAGAAUCCAUUCGCUUGUCUCACUCAAGCGGAGUAAUGGAAGAAGUGAACUGUAUGCAUUUGGUGACUGCAUGUAUGGCCAACUGGGAAUUGGCAAGAGUAAGAACCGAAUUGAAGAAGCAGAAAAAGACAUUGUAUUCGAGCCAAUACCAAGGUGUUUGGACCUUAAAGGAAAUGUUAAACAAGUCGCUUGUGGUCUGGAUCACAGCAUAAUAUUGACCGAUCAGAAUAUUCUUUACGCAAUGGGUUGGGGUGCCGACGGCCAAUUAGGCAUUGGAAGUACUUCAGAUAAAGACGUUCCAACAAUAAUCCCUUUGCUCUCGGGCAAGCCGGUGAAAAAGAUCGCUUCGUCCACCGAUUUUACGUUCGCGUUGCUGGAUAACGGCGAGUUAUGGUCAUGGGGUAAUUCUGAAUACGGUCAAUGCAUGACUGGGAAGAAAGUCGAAAAGAUUUUAGAACCAGUCAACAUACUCACGAAUAAUGAAAUCAUUGAUAUUGCAGCUGGAGGACCUUUUGGCUUGUACUUGACAGGCGAUGGCGAAGUCUACUCUUGUGGCUAUGGAUCAAUAGGAUUUGGAAAAGAUGUCGUCGAGAUACUGACACCCACGAGAAUACCUUCACUGCAUAACAUUGUGGAAAUCUGGAGUACAAGUGAUUAUGCUCUGGCUAAAUCAGAUCUAGGCAAACUUUACAUCUGGGGCCUCGGUUUUUAUGGAGAUAAUUUGUACAAUCCCACGAAAGUAGAGUUUCAACAAAAAGACUUGGUGAUAGAAAAAGUUGCAUGUGGGAUACGAGGUGCUAUAAUAAUAGCCAACGAAACAACAUAG